AUGCUGCCGACUAUACUACGACGAUCAGCUUUGACUCGAUCCUUGUCCACGUCCCAUGCCUUGUUGAAACGUAAAGACAAUGAUCCUUACCCUGAUUUGGGGGUUCGACAUGCUCCCCAAAUGGAACUCGAUGAACCAUAUCCGAAUCUUCCACCGAUUCCUCGUCCGGAUGAAACCAUUGAAAACAAAAGAGCACGACUUGUGUAUCAAUCGCGCAAACGCGGUAUCCUGGAGACGGAUUUACUGCUGUCGACGUUUGCCAAGGAACACUUGGACAAGUUCUCAGCGGACGAACUUCAAGAAUACGAUGCUCUGUUGGACGAACCUGACUGGGAUAUCUUUUACUGGGCGACCAACAACAAGCCGGUUCCAGCGGAAUGGAAGGAGAGUAAAGUAUUAGACAUGAUUCGCGAACAUGCCAAGAACGAGAAAAAAGUGGUGCUCCGCAUGCCGGACUUGGGAAAAGAAUAG